AUGUUCCCACUCGCAUCCCACGAAGGCGAAGCCCCCUUCCCGUACCCCUCCGCCCCCAAACCCCUCAAAACAUGGAACAAAGCCUUCGGCGACCUCUCAAUCUCCAAAUCUCACCUUUCCAUCAAACCACUCAUCAUCAUCCACGGCGGCCCCGGGAUGACGCGCCACUACCUAACACCGCACACAUACCUCACUGAACACCACUCCAUCCCCAUAAUACUUUACGACCAACUGGGCUGCGGCAACUCCACGCACCUCCCCGAACUGGCUGGCGAUACUCUAUUCUGGACCGUCGAUCUGUUCAUCACCGAGCUCGAGAACCUGAUCUCUCAUCUCGAGUUACAAGAAUAUGAUAUCCUGGACACCUCAUGGGGCGGGAUGCUAGCUUCGAAAUUCGCAGCGCGCAACCCAACUGGACUACGGAGAUUAAUAUUAGCCAAUGCGCCAGCAAGUAUGAAGAUCCGGUACGAGUCGGCGGCGGAAUAUCGACGCGAGCUUCCGGAAGAGGUGCAGAAGGUGAUCGAUAAGCAUGAAGCGGCCGGCACGUUCGAUGACCCGGAGUACGAGGAAGCGUAUAAAGUGUUCACCAAACGGCAUAUCUGCAGCCUCGAUCUCGUUCCCGAGCCAUUGUUAAAGUCCGCGAUUGAGUGGUCGAAGGAUAAGACGGUUUCGGAUGUGAUGGCUGGCGGCAGUGGGGAUCAUUUCAAGAAUGAGGGGACGUUGGCGGGCUUUAGCACGAUUGGCGAGGCGAAGAAGAUUAAGGUUAGAACGCUCUUGAUUAAUGGGAAUAGAGAGAUUGCGAGUGAUGAGGGGGUGCGACCGUUUUGGAGGGAGAUUGAGAAGGUUAAGUGGGAUACGAUGAAUGGGAGUACGCAUAGUCCGCAUUUGGAGGAGGAGGAGAGGUAUAUGGGUAUUAUUACGGAGUUUUUGAUCGAAGAAUAG